UUUUUUUCUCACUAAGGCAAAGGUCAGGCUGAUGUUUGUGGGACUGUGCAGUGAGCCGUCGGUGCUUUGAAGGGAUAACAACAAUGUUUCGCAAGGUGCUGCAGUCUUGCGCCCGAACCGGCCUGCGGUUCCAAGGCACCAAGGCCAGUCCGGCCAGCAGCUCCGCCAGGGCGGCCCAGGGAGGCUUCAGCUUUGAGCUAACCGAUCAACAGAAGGAGUUUCAGGAACUAGCGCGGAAGUUUGCCAGGGAGGAGAUCGUUCCUGCCGCUUCGAAUUAUGACAAGAGUGGAGAGUACCCGUUUCCACUCAUCAAGCGAGUGUGGGAGCUCGGCCUGAUGAACAGUCACAUCCCUGACUCCUGCGGCUUGCUGGGGGUCCCUGGGGUCUCUCUGAGCAGCCACCUGACAUGUUUCUGGCUUGUUGUGCUGGCUGAUUGCCUUGUUCAGGGGCCCAGUCAGCCUAGCAGUUGUGCUGAAUGGACAGUGACUGGAUGUGAUUGAGCUGACGUACAGUAUUUGGGGGCGGCAUACUGCGUGACUGAGCCGGGGGCAGGGUCGGACGUGGCUGGAAUUAAGACUUGGGCAGAGAAGAAGGGAAAUGAGUACAUCAUCAACGGACAGAAAAUGUGGAUCACCAACGGAGGGAAGGCGAACUGGUAUUUCCUUUUGGCACGGACAGAUGCCGAUUCCAAAAGUCCUGCCGGCAAGGCCUUCACCGGCUUCAUCGUGGAUGCCGACACGCCUGGCAUUCAGCUUGGCAGGAAGGAGAUGAACAUGGGCCAGAGAUGCUCAGAUACACGCGGCAUCACAUUUGAGGAUGUGAGGGUCCCGGCUGAGAACGUUCUGAUUGGUGAAGGUGCCGGCUUUAAGGUUGCCAUGGGAGCCUUCGACAAAACUAGGCCGCCGGUGAGUCCCAUACUUCUUAAAUACCUGGAAGAGAAGUACACUUUGCAUGCCCAUCGCUGUCCUCUGUUACGCAUCCAGCAUCAGGCCAUAGCGUUUCUGCUGGCUGAGAUGGCGAUGAAGGUGGAGCUUGCGCGCAUGGCCUACCAGCGCUCGGCUUGGGAGGUAGACGAGGGCCGCAGAAACACCUUCUAUGCCUCCAUCGCCAAAGCCUUUGCCGGGGACAUCGCCAACCAGGUGGCCAGCGAUGCUGUGCAGAUCUUUGGAGGAAAUGGAUUCAACAGUGAAUAUCCAGUGGAGAAGCUCAUGAGGGAUGCCAAAAUCUACCAGAUUUAUGAAGGCACAGCCCAAAUCCAGAGAUUGAUCAUAUCUCGUGAACAUCUUGCAAAGUACAAGAACUGAAGUCAACACAAACCGUCCACCUAUAAAGGCAUCUACAGCACCGAUUUAUGCUAGCCAGUGCCUUGGUUAUGCAGAGUCUCUCAGAUCCUUCUUUUGUCUCUGCUUCUCUCAUGAGUUGUAAAAAAUAAUUAGGAAGAUUGCCAAAGUAUGCAUAUUUGGUACAGCUUUUAUAAUAAUCACUAUGUAAUGUGACUUGUUGGCAUUAUUGUAUCUCAUGUGGACGACCUUCCUCCGUCUUCCGAGGUUACUUGCUCGGAGCUCUUUUGAGCGAAUUGUAAGAUUUGCAGCCUGAAUGAGAUGGAUAUUUGCAUCACCCUUGUUGUAAUAAAAAAUAAUACCGCAAAAUG